AUGACAGCACCGAAAGGAAUUCGUAUCGCGAUUGAUAGAGGCGGAACCUUCACAGAUUGUGUGGGCAAUCCGGGAUCAGGUCGGCUGGAGGAUGACAUAGUGAUCAAACUGCUGUCAGAGGACCCGAACAACUAUGAGGAUGCACCACUGGAAGGGAUCCGUCGUAUUCUUUCGAGAUUCACAGGCCGUGAAAUUCCUCGCGGGGAACCUAUUGAUACCUCGUUAAUCGAAAGCAUUCGCAUGGGCACGACUGUGGCCACAAAUGCUCUGUUAGAGCGAAAGGGGGAAAAGGUUGCACUCGUCGUCAGCAAGGGAUUCAAGGACUGCCUCCAUAUAGGAAAUCAAUCCCGCCCACGGAUCUUUGAUCUUGCCAUUAAACGCCCUGAUGUGUUAUAUGAAGAGGUUGUUGAGGUGGAUGAGCGUGUCACCUUGGAGGACUACGCAGAGGAUCCGGAAAAGGGUCUGACAGCUACACUUCCCCGUGAGCAAGCUUCGCCAGCAGUCGAUGUCGUUCGCGGUCUUUCUUCCGAGGCCGUUCGAAUCCUCAAGCGACCCUCUGAAAGCGAGGUGCGAUCCCAAUUGCAGGAGAUCUAUAACCGUGGGCUCAGAAGCAUAGCCGUGUGCCUUGUGCAUGGGUACACCUUUCCAGACCAUGAGGCCCUGGUGGGAAGACUUGCCAAUGAGAUUGGUUUCCACCAUGUCAGUUUGAGUCACCAGCUUAUGCCAAUGAUCAAGUUGGUCCCGCGAACCACUUCGGCUUGUGCAGAUGCGUACUUGACUCCUGCCAUCAAGAAGUACAUUUCCGGAUUCCAGUCUGGAUUUGAAGGUGGGUUAGGGAGCGAGAGUGUCAAGCAGCAGACCGGGACCAAGGGGGCACGUUGCGAAUUCAUGCAAUCAGACGGUGGCCUGGUAGACGUAGACCAAUUCUCUGGUCUACGGGCAAUUCUAUCAGGCCCUGCGGGGGGUGUGGUUGGCUAUGCACUAACUUCAUAUGACCCGGUGUCGAAAAUCCCGGUGAUUGGCUUUGAUAUGGGAGGAACAAGUACAGACGUGAGCAGAUAUGGCUCCGGUCGAUACGAGCAUGUAUUUGAAACAACCACAGCCGGAGUAACAAUCCAGUCCCCCCAAUUGGAUAUCAACACCGUGGCAGCAGGAGGUGGAUCAAGACUAUUUUACCGGAACGGGCUCUUUGUCGUUGGACCCGAGUCCGCCGGAGCACAUCCAGGACCAGCUUGCUAUCGCAAAGGUGGACCGUUGACGGUGACCGAUGCCAAUCUCUUUCUCGGUCGAUUAGUCCCAGAUUUCUUUCCGAAGAUCUUUGGUCCAGAUGAGAAACAAGAACUGGAUCAGCAUGCAAGUCAACAUCUCUUCGAAGAGCUCACCAAGGAGAUCAAUGGCGAGUUAGCAAAGGGGGGUCAAAGCCGAGAGAUGACCCCAGAUGAGGUCGCAUUUGGCUUCAUCAAAGUUGCCAAUGAGACAAUGACCCGUCCGAUACGUUCGCUGACGGAGGCCAAAGGCCAUGACACUUCAAAGCAUAGACUGGCCACAUUUGGAGGGGCCGGUGGCCAGCACGCCGUUGCCAUUGCCGAAAGCCUCGGGAUUCGGACAAUUCUCAUACAUCGUUAUUCUUCGGUACUUUCCGCCUAUGGUAUGGCGUUGGCAGAUGUUGUUGACGAGAACCAAGAGCCCGAGUCGAAGACAUGGUCCGAGGACAAGGAGGAAGUACGAGAUGUGCUUGCAACAAGAAUGGAAAAUCUUAAGAAACGGUCGACGCAGAGACUGCGAGCCCAGGGAUUUGGCGAUGAAUCAAUCAUUUUUGAACAAUACCUCAACAUGCGUUAUCAAGGCACCGAGUCUGCCCUGAUGAUACUGAAGCCAACCGAAGAAGAUGCAGCUCUUCUUUUUGGGGGUGACGAGUGGGCCUUUGGCAAAGCAUUCGAGAGGCAACACGAGCAGGAGUUUGGGUUCACUCUUCCCAACCGGGACAUUGUUGUGGAUGACAUUCGGGUUCGAGGGAUUGGUAAAGGCUUCAAAGUAUCCGAGAAGACCGUGGAUCAGCAAAUCCACGAGUCCAAUCCAUCUGACGUGCGGACAGGUCGGGAAUAUCGCAGAGCUCAGGUCUAUUUUGAAGGGGGCAGACAUGACACCCCCAUCUACAGGCUCGGUGAUUUAAGCAUUGAUGAACGCCUAGAAGGACCAGCAAUCCUGGCCGAUGAUACCCAAACCAUCGUUGUGACCCCUGGAGCAUCGGCACUCUUAACGAAGACUCACGUUGUCAUCAGCAUUGGUGAUGCUGAGGCGAGCCACCAGAAGACGAGCACCCAGGACGUGGAUCCGAUUCUGUUGAGCGUCUUCUCCCAUAGAUUCAUGGCCAUCGCCGAGCAGAUGGGUCGUGCCUUGCAGAAGACGAGCGUGAGUACCAAUGUCAAGGAACGACUGGAUUAUUCUUGCGCACUGUUCGACGCUCAGGGCGGGCUUGUUGCAAACGCACCACAUCUACCGGUCCAUUUGGGUAGUAUGUCGACAUGUGUUCGAAUGCAAUCGCGCAUCUGGCAGAACAGGUUGAAGCCUGGUGAUGUGAUUGUAUCCAAUCAUCCAGAAUUGGGUGGCACUCAUCUUCCAGAUAUCACGGUUAUACAGCCUGCGUUUAGUGAGGGAAAGAUUCUCUUCUAUGUCGCAUCUAGGGCUCACCAUGCCGACAUUGGUGGAAUCUUGCCCGGGUCCAUGCCACCGCACUCGAAAGAGCUGUAUCAAGAAGGCGCAACCAUAAAGAGUGAGAAACUGGUAUCUGAGGGUAAAUUCAACGAAGAACGCAUUACGGAGCUGCUCUAUACGGAACCAGCUCGAUAUCCCGACUGCAGUGGUACCCGCUGUCUUGCAGACAACUUGAAUGACCUCAAAGCCCAGAUUGCGGCAAACAAGAAGGGGAUCAGCUUGAUAAGCGCUCUUAUUGAAGAGUAUGGAGAGGCCGUGGUGCAAUUCUACAUGCACCAAAUCCAAGAAAAUGCAGAGCUGAGUGUGCGAAACCUGUUGAAAGAAGUCAGUGCCAAAUUUGCUGGCCAAGACCUGAGUGCUGUUGAUUACAUGGACGACGGAAGCCCUAUCCACUUGAAGAUAUCGAUAAACCGUGAGAAAGGCGAGGCAGUCUUUGAUUUUGAGGGAACUGGUCCAGAAGUAUAUGGCAAUAUCAAUGCACCAGAAGCUGUUACAUACUCGGCAAUCAUAUAUUGCCUGAGAUGUCUUAUUUCAGCCGACAUACCUCUCAAUCAGGGUUGUCUGAAGCCAAUCGACGUUCGAAUUCCUCAUAGUAGUCUCCUAUCCCCGUCCGGGUCAGCCGCCGUGGUGGGUGGCAACGUGUUGACGAGUCAAAGAGUGACAGAUGUCAUUCUUAGAUGCUUUCAAGCCUGCGCUGCGUCACAGGGUGAUACCAACAACCUUACCUUUGGGUUUGGAGGCAACAUUCUAGGUAAGACGGCGACAAAAGGAUUCGGAUACUAUGAAACCAUUGCCGGUGGUAGUGGUGCUGGUCCGUCUUGGGAAGGCACUUCAGGCGUUCACACACAUAUGACCAACACCAGAAUCACCGAUGCAGAAGUCUUCGAGCGGCGGUAUCCAGUCAUACUUCGAGAGUUCAGUCUCCGGCCGAACUCAGGGGGUGAGGGCCAGCACCGUGGUGGCGAUGGUGUUGUGCGAGACAUUGAGUUCCGUAUCCCGGUGCAAGUCUCUAUCCUCUCGGAACGACGAGUAUAUCGUCCUUACGGGCUGGAGGGGGGCGAGGAUGCCCAAUGCGGCCAGAACAUCUGGGUCCGUCGAGUUCCAAACUCCAAUGGGGGCUGGAUGGAGCGGUACGUUAAUCUGGGCGCGAAGAAUUCUGCCCAUAUGCAAGCAGGGGAACGUAUCAUAGUUUAUACACCGGGGGGCGGAGGAUGGGGUAGGCCCGGAGAUCAGAGCCGACUCCUUCACAAACAAGACCAUCACCAUGCUUGGAGGGGAGGCUCUAUUGCUCAAAGUCUUGCAACGCAGGAAGCGAGUGUGUGA